AGGGAUUGUGGGACGUCUUUCUGUCCGUGUCCGUCCUUGUAGAGUCCUUUCACUUCUUCAACUUGACUCAACAAAUUUGCCAUCAUGUACAAACAACUUAUGGCCCUUCGGCAACUUUCCAGGCGUACUUUCACCAGCAGUGCCAGCAGACAGUUUGAAAACACUGUGAAGGAGAAACAGAAACUGUUUCAGGAGGAUAAUGGUAUGCCUAUCCAUCUGAAGGGUGGAGUGAAGGACGUUGUGCUCUACAGAACCACAAUGACUCUCACUGUGUUUGGGGCUGGAUAUGUUAUGUAUGAACUCUUUAGUGCUGCGAUGCCCAAGAAGCCACAGUAAACAUGAUGGUGAAACAAAUGGUGCUUUAUUGUGUGAUGAAGCAAUCAUGCGCAUGCUGUAUGUAAUUCAUCAACUCUCUGUUGUGCAGAUUCGUAAUCUGGGAGAUUAUUUGUCCUAUACAUAACAUCAGUAUGUUUAACACAAGAUAUCAGUAUUUAUUGAUUGUACAGAACAUGAGCUGCUAAUGAUAAUAUGAAUCUAAAUAAACAUCUCAAUAAAA